AUGUCGAAGCCUGUUCUGUACAUCUUCGGUCCCUCGGUCUGGGCUACCGUUCCUCGGCUUGCAGUCGAAGAAUUGGGCUUCUCCGAGGAUGCUAUUGAGGAAAAGGUCGUCAAUCUUGGCGAGGGUGCCAACUUCACCCCCGAGUUCUUGAAGUUGAACCCGAACGCAACACUCCCCACUCUCGUCGCUGAUGGUCGAUCUUACACGACCACUGGCCAGGUCACUAAGUACCUCGUCAACCACGCCCCCAAGAGGGUGACUCCUGGGACGGCAUUUAUCGACAAGAUUCACGAGGACAAGUAUGAUCCCAACUUCCCCCUCCUCCUCGCACGCAAUGAGGAAGAGGCGAAGGCCGCCGCUUCAGGUUUCCCCCUAGUGUUUCUUCAGAAUCGUCACAAUGCACUUGAAAAGCACUCUAAGACUCCGGAGGCAGCUGAGUUCAAGAGCUUUUACGACGAGAAGAUUCGCGCCAACGCUGGCCCUCUCGCCAUCUUCAAGGGCGAAGCUCCCGAAGAGGCCAAGCAGAGUUUCUUCAAGCAAUCGACUACUCACUGGGAAGUGCUCAGUUCAUUUAUUCUCAACGACCUCCCUGUCAUCCUGCCGGAAAGUGGUUUCCUCGGCGGCCCGACGCCCGGCGAAGAUGACUUCCACCUUGGUGGCUGGCUCGCGCGCAUAGUGUUCGCGAGCGGAGGAACGGCCGGAAAGGUGGGGUACAAGUCUCUGGAGAAGGAGCUGAAGCAGCCUGUGCCCCCCAAGGUGGCGGCAUACUGGGCGGCGUGGAACGAGAGGCCCAGCUGGAAGAAGAUCUACGCGGAUGGUCUGCACUAG